AAAUUGGAUAUAUGUCUUUCUUCCCCGGGAUAUGUACAUGGUUGUAGAAAUAAUUUAGGUAUAUAUCUCACGUAUUCCAGUACAUGUGAAAACUAAAUAUUUAUAAAUACAUGUAUUGUAACUCCAUGGUAAAAAUUAUUAAGCUCAAAGAAACUGUGUUCUCGCUAUUUGUAAAACAACCGCGAAUAGGCGUUUCCGGUAUUUAAAUGAAUAUGGCGACCCAAGUUGCGGUGUCCAGACUUAUAGAGAAUCUAGUUAGAACGUAUUUCGAUGCCCAUAGUACGUGGCCGUGUCGAUCCAGUGGUUGGAUCGGGAGCCAACAACACAUGCCCAUAGUACGGAAAGUAUACAAAGAAUCUAACCUGUUGCUAAAAUAUCGCGACUUGCCUCGCGAUUGAAAUAGUUUAGAACAAAAAUGUUUUUUUUCGACACUAAAAUGACACUCCUGAAUUAUUUCUAUAAAAUUCAAAUAAUAGUCGGAUAUUAUUAUUUGUGUAUAAAUGCCGAGAAAGAGGAUUCAUGCUCUCAGUGUAUGAGCAAAUUGAGCCGACGGUCAAUUUUUCAUCCCCGGGAAGAAUAUUGUAUUGUAAAUAAUAUCAAACCGAACGCCACCGGCGUAAGAGGGGAGAAAAUGAAGAAAAUGGUUAAGAUCAACGCCGGUACAUAUUCCGUAGGAAUGAACAAUCCAGUUCUUGUGGCGGACGGUGAAGGGCCAAGGCGCGAAGUAGUAUUAAGUAAUUUUUACAUAGACAAAUUCGAAGUGAGUAAUGAGGAAUUUAUGGCUUUUGUAAACGCCACCGGAUAUGUGACUGAAGCAGAAAAUUUUGGGGAUUCUUUUGUCUUCGAAGGUCUUUUGACACAAGGCACAAAAAAUACAAUCAGUAAGGCAGUUGCCCAAGCUCCGUGGUGGUUGCCCGUGAAACAAGCCUCGUGGCAACGUCCAGAAGGUCCAAAUUCAAAUAUCACUUUCAGAAUGGAUCAUCCCGUUGUUCACGUCUCCUGGAACGACGCAGUUGCUUACUGCGGUUGGAUGGGGAAGAGACUGCCAACUGAAGCAGAAUGGGAAGUCGCGUGCCGCGGUGGUCUCUCCGAUAGACUCUAUCCCUGGGGAAAUAAAUUGAUGCCAAAUAAUCAGCACAAGGUCAAUAUUUGGCAAGGUAAUUUUCCUACAGAGAACACCGAAGAAGAUGGAUACAAAGGUACGUCACCAGUUACAACAUUUUCGCAAAAUAAAUAUGGUUUGCAUAACAUCGUUGGAAAUGUUUGGGAGUGGACAGCAGAUUGGUGGAUGACGAAGCAUUCACAUGAUCGCCAAACGAAUCCUGUUGGUCCUCCUAGCGGUAGUGAUAAAGUAAAGAAAGGUGGCUCUUAUCUGUGUCACAGAAAUUAUUGCUAUAGAUAUAGAUGCGCUGCACGUAGUCAAAACACACCCGACACAUCGGCUGGAAAUUUAGGUUUUAGAUGCGCCGUGUCAGCGUAGAUAAAAUAUUUAAAUAUGUAAGUGUUAAAAUUUCGGAAAGGGAUAUCAAGAUGGGAAUAAUAUAAACAUAAAACUUGUAAUAUA